AUGGCAAUACAAGAUAGAACACAUGAGUUUCGUUCAUGCGUCGAGUCCAUACGAAACAGGUCCGCUGUACCACCCCGAACCGCUGAAGCAAAACAGAAGUUGUUUCAAUCACACAGCAAUGGAGGCGCAAAAAGCGAGUUCUCGCGCAUGGCCUCUGCCAUUGGGAAAGAUAUCAGCAGCACUACCAUAAAACUAGGAAAGCUCGCGCAACUCGCGAAACGGAAGACACUGUUUGACGACAGACCGGUGGAAAUUAGUGAAUUGACAUUUAUCAUUAAACAAGAUAUUGCGAACAUAAACAGGCAAAUAGCGGCUCUGCAAUCCUAUGUUAAGCAAAGGAAUGCACAAGCAUCAAAAUCUUCAGAGGGGAAACAGAUUGAGGAACACAACCACAAUGUCGUCAUGAUGCUGCAGAGCAAGUUGGCAAAUACAAGUAUGAGCUUCAAGGAUGUUCUGGAAGUUAGGACACAAAACAUGAAAGAAAGCAAAGAUCGUACAGAGCAGUUCAUGUUCUCUACGGCAGCCGCAACCCACCAGGCUCCACCGAGUUCGCUACUUCUGAACGGGAGACAGGACCCUAUGGGCGACGGAAGCCGACCUAACUCCAAAGGCAAAGGCCGAGCUUUUCAAAAUGAAGACGUUCUCGCAUUGGACCUUGAUUCAGCCGAGGAAGGCUCAACAAAGCACGGAGGCAAUGCAUUCAUGCAAAUGCAGCAAAUUGAACAACAGGACUCAUAUAUCCAAUCGAGAUCAACGGCCAUAGAAUCUAUCGAAUCGACAAUUGCAGAACUGGGACAGAUAUUCACUCAGCUGGCCAAUAUGGUUGCCGAGCAACGAGAAACAGUUCAACGUAUUGACGCAGACACGGUGGAUAUCGCGUCGAAUGUGAGUGGUGCGCAGAGAGAGCUGCUCAAGUAUUAUGCGAGCAUCUCGAGCAAUCGCUGGCUGAUGCUCAAGGUCUUUGGCGUUUUGAUUGUCUUCUUCCUUAUAUUCAUUCUUGUCUCAUGA